CUGCAAGAGGCGCUGGGCGACUACUCGGAAGUGCUCCGUCUCGACCCUGAAGACGCCGAAGCCUACAAUAAUCGCGGUCUGGCCUUCGAUGCCCUGGGGGACUAUGACUCGGCGGUCGCGGACUACGAAAGAGCGCUGGAGGUACGGGACGACUUCGCCGAGGCCCACAGCAACCGGGGAGCGGUGCUUGAAGCGCAGGGGAAGGUGGACGAAGCUCUUGAGGCGUACCGCGCGGCACUAUCAGUCAAUCCCAGGCUGGGCUCGGCGCACUACAACGCGGCGCGGGUCUAUUCGCAGUUGGGCGACGUGGAGGAGUGCCUCAGGCACCUGGACAGCCUGCUGGCCCUGGCCCCCGAGUUGGCGGAGGAUGCUGCCCACGACGAGCACCUGGGCUGGGCACUGCGCCUGCGGGAGAUGCGGGAGUCGAGGGGGACAGACGGUACGCCGGGCUAG